AUGGCCAAGAGCAAGGUGGCACCUGUCAGGCAAGUGACCUUGCCGAGACUCGAGCUCUGCGCCGCCGCCUUACUCACCACACUGACUCAGCAUGUGCAACGCACGCUCAACUUGGGAGAUGCACCCACGCAUCUGUGGACGGACUCGAAGGUCACGCUCCAGUGGAUCCAGGGACACGCCUCGCGAUGGAAGACCUUCGUUGCCAACCGGGUGUCUCACAUCCAGACCCUACUGCCGAACGCACUCUGGAGACAUGUGGCUGGUCGAGACAACCCUGCGGAUUGUGCAUCGAGGGGCAUUAGUCCGUUGGAAUUGGUAAAUCAUACGUUAUGGUGGACAGGACCUACCUGGUUGCUGGAGGAAGAGGCGGCAUGGCCGCUCACCGAAGUGGACACCCGAGAAGACAACCUUAUCGAGAGACGAGCCGGCAGCCUGAUGACGAGGAGCUUGGUCGUCAUGGAACCUGAGCUCCUCCUCCGCUUUUCGUCGUUGAACCACCUGCUACGAGUCACAGUAUGGUGUCGUCGCUGGCUUCGCACUGUUGCACCAACUGUCACCCCUGGACAGCCACCCACCGCAGACGAAUUAGACGGAGCUCUAUCACACUGGCUACGAGAGGUACAAGCACUCCACUUCCCUGACGAGGUCACCGCUGUUUCUGCAGGCCGCACUGUCGCAACACGCAGUCCGUUGGCCAAACUAGCUCCAUUCGCCGAUACACGUGGCGUGUUGAGAGUAGGAGGACGCUUAAAAAAUUCGCUCUUGUCACAGGACGAGAGACAUCCGAUGAUUGCGCCAACAACUUCAUGGCUGACUCGACUGUUGAUCGAUGCUCAUCACCGCCGGACCUUGCACGGAGGGGUGCAGUUGACCCUAGGCUUGCUUCGACAGCGUUUCUGGAUACCCCGAGGACGUGCAGCGGUAAAACAGCGGCUUCAUCGCUGUGUCACGUGCACAAGGUGGCGAGCGACGACACCACAACCACCCAUGGGCAGUCUGCCACGCAGCAGGGUCACGCCAACGCGACCAUUCCUCCGCACUGGACUGGACUACGCGGGACCAAUCCUCAUUCGGACCAGCAAAGGUCGCGGCCACCGCGCCUACAAGGGCUACAUUGCACUCUUCAUCUGCUUCUGGUCGAAGGCCAUCCAUCUAGAGCUCGUAUCGGACUACUCGUCGGAAGCUUUUAUCGCCGCCCUUCGUCGAUUUGUCUCUCGACGAGGUCUCUGUGCCGACAUCUUCAGCGACUGCGGCACGACCUUCGUCGGAGCCGACCGCACCCUACGGGAACUCUUUAUUGCAGCGUCUUCGGAGGGUGAAGGAAUCGCACGCGCAGCCGCCAAGGAAGGCAUCCGCUGGCACUUCAAUCCGCCGGCGGCUCCGCAUUUCGGUGGAUUAUGGGAGGCUGCAGUCAAGUCAGCUAAGUACCAUCUGCGGAGGGUGAUAGGCGAAACCACCCUCACUUUCGAAGAACUGAGUACCCUCCUCACUCAAAUCGAGGCAUGCCUCAAUUCUCGACCAUUGCAGGCACUCUCGGACGAUCCAGACGAUGUUUCAGCACUAACUCCUGGACAUUUCCUGAUCGGGGCGCCCCUUCUCGCCAUCCCUGAGCCACCGCAGGGAGGCGAACAUGGAGACACGAGAUCGCGAUGGCAACACCUCCAGCAAAUGAGAGAGCACUUCUGGGGGAGGUGGUCGAAGGAAUAUAUCCACGGACUCAAUCCACGCACUAAGUGGCUCAAGGCCGAGGCCGCACCCCACGUCGGUGAUCUUUGCAUCCUGCGUUCGGAGCUCACCCCCCCGACCCGAUGGCCUCUCGCCCGGAUCACGAGGUUGCAUCCCGGGAACGACGGUAUCGUCCGCGUGGUGACAAUCCGCACCGCCACUUCUGAGCUUGUGCGCCCGCUCGUCAAGCUCGUCUUGCUGCCGCGCGCGGAUCCCCUUCCGAGCAUAAACAGCGCGGACGUGCCGGCCGUCAGCCCGUAA